AGGCAUACCAAAUGCGUCCACUCACGGAAGAAGAGACGGAAAAGGUCUUUGCAAAGCUAGCCACUUUCAUAGGAGACAAUGUGGCAUUGUUGAUCGAACGAGAAGAUGGUGACUACUGUUUUCGAAAUCACAAGGAACGAGUUUACUACUGUACGGAAAACCUCAUGCGCCAAGCCGGUUGUAUAGCUCGAGAACCUCUACUGUCAUUUGGGACUUGUCUAGGCAAAUUCACAAAAUCUCACAAAUUUCACCUUCAUAUUACAGCGCUAGAUUAUCUGGCUCCUUAUGCUAAGUAUCGAGUAUGGCUGAAGCCCAGUGCUGAGCAACAAUUUCUAUAUGGAAAUAAUAUUUUGAAGUCCGGAAUUGCAAGAAUGACUGAAGGCACGCCUACUCAUGCUGGUAUUGUGGUUUACAAUAUGAACGAUAUGCCUCUUGGAUUUGGUGUGGCGGCAAAAGGUACAGCUGAGUCGAAACGAGCUGAUCCCACUGCUGUUAUUGUACUCCAUCAGUGUGAUUUGGGAGAAUACAUCCGUAGUGAAAGCUCGUUAACGUGAUAAAUCGUUGGGUAUGCUGUUAUUGUUAAACAACA